UUGGAACUGAGGUCUAAAUUCGACUCAUAUCCAGUAGGAGUGACCGAGCAUGUAGCUGGUUGUUUUAAUCAUUUCACAAUAAAGUGAUUAAUAACUUGGCUGUAAACGAGCAGCUGUUUGGAUCUGAUCUCGGUUUUAUGGGUACAGGUGAUCGUCAGACCAAGGCUGGCAUGGCGAUGCCGUCCUGCCUGGUGAAGCCAGUAGCCUUGACUAAGAUACCUGGACGCUAUUUGGCUCAUCAGGAGUCUCUCCCAAAGCUGCCAGUGCCUCCACUGAAGCAGACAUGUGAUCGUUACCUGGCCACUCUGGAGCCCAUCGUGGAAGCCGAGGAGCUGAAACAUACCCACAGGCUCCUGGAGGAGUUCCAGCAGCCUGGUGGUGUUGGAGAGAGACUGCAGAAGAGACUGGAGAGUAGGGCAAGCAAGCUGGAAAACUGGCUCUCUGAAUGGUGGUUACAGACAGCAUAUCUGAACUACCGGAUGCCUGUGGUGGUCCACUCGAGUCCCGGAGUCGUCCUUCCACGUUUACAGUUUAGUGACCGCCAAGGUCAAAUAAGAUACACAGCGAAACUGAUUUCAGGAGUUUUGGAUUUCAAGACCAUGAUUGACAAUGAAACGUUACCGGUGGAGCAUCUUCGUGGGAUGCCGCUGUGUAUGAAUCAGUAUUAUCAGGUUCUGUCUUCUUGCCGUAUACCCGGUAUCAAAAGAGACUCGGUGGUGAAUCAUGCUUUGAGCAGGAGGCCUCCAACUCACAUCACCGUGGUGCACAACUUCCAGUUCUUUGUGCUGGAUGUGUACAACAGUGAUGGCACACCUCUGACCGUGGAUCAGCUCUAUAUUCAGCUGGAGAAAAUCUGUAACUCUUCCCCUCAGGCUAACGAGGAGCCGAUCGGCAUCCUCACCUCUAAUCACCGCGACAGCUGGGGCAAAGCCUACGGCAACCUCAUUAAAGACCAAACAAAUAAGGAGUCAGUGCAGGCGAUUCAGAGGAGCAUCUUCACCGUGUGUCUGGACGCUCCAAUGCCUCAGGCUUCGGAUGAGAUGUACCGCACUAGAGCAGCUGUGCAGAUGCUGCAUGGAGGAGGCAGCCGGUGGAACAGUGGAAACCGCUGGUUCGAUAAAACACUUCAGUUUGUCAUAGGUGAAGAUGGGACAUGCGGUGUGAUCUAUGAACACGCCCCUGCCGAAGGUCCUCCAAUCAUAGCACUGAUCGAUCAUGUGGUGGAGUACACGAUGAAGCAAGAAAUGAUUCGUACCCCCAUGGUUCCUCUACCCAUGCCUCGGAAACUGCACUUCAACUUCACACCAGAAGUUAAAAGUGAUAUUGAGGAGGCCAAGCAGAACAUGAACAUAUUAGCUCAUGACUUGGAUAUGAGGGUCAUUGUGUUCUGCCACUUUGGUAAAAAUGUUCCAAAGUCUUAUCAGAUGAGUCCUGAUGCAUUUAUUCAGGUGGCUCUACAGCUGGCUUAUUACAGGCUGUAUAAGCAUUGCUGUGCCACGUACGAGAGUGCUUCUCUGCGCAUGUUCAAACUGGGCCGAACAGACACCAUUCGAUCAGCAUCCAUCGACUCUGCCACCUUUGUUCGAUCCAUGGACGACCCUGACAAGCAGAACCCAGAGAGGGUGACUCUGCUGGAAAAGGCAGUGAAGGCCCACAGCGCGUACACAGACAUGGCGGUUCGUGGGCAAGCCAUUGACAGGCAUUUGCUUGGCCUGAAGCUGCAGGCUGUUGAAGACUUGCCAACCCUGCCAGAAAUCUUCAUGGACACGUCUUUUGCCAAAGCACACCAUUUCAGACUUUCCACCAGCCAGGUUCCAGCUAAAACCGACUGUGUGAUGUGUUUUGGCCCAGUGGUACCUGAUGGCUACGGCUUCUGCUACAACCCCAUGGAGAAACACAUUAACUUUGCAGUCUCCGCAUUUAACAGCUGUGCAGAAACCAGUGCCACGCGACUGGCCAACGCUCUGGAGGAAGCUCUGCUGGACAUGAAAAGCCUGCUGGAUCAGACACGCAAAUCCAAACUGUGAGGACAGCAAAUCUCACUCCUGACUCUGUGGCUAUUACCCUGAAGUCCAUGAGAGGACAUCAGGUUCAAGAUGAACACGAGGAAGAUUGUUUAAUGGAGUGUCAGUGUGUCAGUCGCUUUGCACAAAGAGCCAAUGUUUGAAAAGAGAACAUUUUCUAUAUUGUUUUACAGAACUGUAGACUGAAGUAGGUAUUUGAAAUGGCAAUUGACUGGUUAUUAUUUCAGCACUAAGUAAAAGUUGCCUAAAGAAUUACUCCUUUUCAUCCUCCAUGCAGUAGAAAUGAUGGCUCUUAAAAAUUGCAUUUAAUGUUAUAUUGAUCUUAAAUUAUGAAAACAGAAUAAGUAAUAAAUCAGUUUACCGGGACUUUUUAUGUGAUAAAUUGCCAUUAUGCUGCUUUGUGUGUGUGUGUGUGUGUGUGUGUGUGUGUGUGUGUGUGUGUGUGAGAUAUAAAAUUUAAUUUGAGUCAUAAUAUUAUGAUACACUUUAAAUACUGGGCAGAAAUACUAGGUUGUCACAGUGCUCUGUGAUUUGUACAGGACUGUACUGUAAAUUAUUUAACAUACUUAUAAUGAGUAGUACCAUGUACUGCAUUUUCAGACUGUAACCUUUACAGCACUGCAUGGACACCUUUUUUUAUUUUUACUAUUCAUUAAUGUGCCUUUUAACUACUACAAGUAAGGAAAUAAUUUCUUCUGAAUGUUCAUUCAUAUGUUGAACAAUAAAUGAGAUGAUUGUAAAA